GCUGCCCUAUUUGGUCAAAUUGCUUGUCAAUCAAGAGUGCUACCACGGUGACAGAGACAAAGUAUCUGACUGUAAAUGUGUAAUAUAUUAUUUCAUCCGUUGUUCAGACAGAUGAGAGAGCGAAAUCAGAUUAGACAGCCCGGUUACAAACAGUCAGUUGAGUUUAAAAUAUUGAAGCAUUGUUGCACGCUUCGACAUCAUUUAAUUACACAUGAAAGUAACAGUUUUCUCCUCUGAAAUAUCCAUGAGGGAUGCGGUCUUAUUUUAUCACUCCUAAAGCUGUGAAGUACUGCUACUUUUGUGAUCAUAUUGUAGCCAACGUCUACUACUAGUCUUCCAGCCUACUAGGGAAGUUGGGGUUGCUGUCGUUGUCUGUUUUGUUUUAAAGUGACAGGAAAGACAGCACGCUGUAAAACAUUCAGCCCUGAUCGAAUCGACGCGAUGAUUCCUGAAUGUCCCCGGAGCCGAGAGACAAGGAGCCGAACGCGGUGCCACUAUGGCCAGGUAGCCGAACCAAACCAGAACUGUUUUGGGCUACUUUCCGAGAUCAAAACUCUUAUCAAGAAUGAACCAUUCACUGACCACUACACCAUCAUUCCGGGCAAAGAACUUGGCAGGGGGAAGUUCGCCGUGGUGAGGAAGUGUGUGGAGAAGUGCACGGGGCAGGAGUACGCCGCCAAGUUCAUGAGGAAGAGGAGGAAGGGCCAGGACUGCAGGCUGGAGAUCAUCCACGAGGUGGCCGUUCUGGAGCUCGCCACGGCCAGCCAGCGGGUGGUCAACCUGCACCAGGUCUACGAGAUGGCCUCCGAGAUGGUGCUCGUCCUCCAGUUUGCGGCCGGAGGGGAGAUCUUUAACCAGUGUGUAGCGGAGAGGGACGAGGCCUUCAAAGAGGAGGACGUUAAGAGGCUGUUGAGACAGAUCCUAGAGGGAGUCUCCUUCCUCCACAGCAACAACGUGGUGCACCUGGACAUCAAGCCCCAAAACAUUCUGUUGACCUGCGAUGCUCCUCUGGGGGACAUCAAGAUUGUGGACUUUGGUCUGUCCAGGAUGGUGAGCAGCAGUCAGGAGCUCAGAGAGAUCAUGGGGACCCCGGAGUAUGUGGCUCCAGAAAUCCUUAAUUACGAACCAAUUAGCACAGCAACAGACAUGUGGAGUAUUGGGGUGCUGACCUACGUGAUGCUGACAGGUACCUCUCCCUUUCUGGGGGAGGACAAGCAGGAGACCUUCCUCAACAUCUCCCAGAUCAACGUCAGUUACCAGGAGGACGAGCUGGAGCAUUUAGACCAGGCCGCCAUCGCCUUCAUCAAGCUCCUGCUCGUCAAAGAAUCCCAGAACCGUGCCACGGCAGAAGAGUGCCUGCAGCACCAGUGGCUCCAGCCAAAAGAGAAAAGGGAAGCCGAGGCGACAGUAGAGGUGAAAGAGACUAUAAGCCCCACCAAGUGCACCUCUGAGCCAGCCAGCCCCGAGAGCCCCAUCAGGGGGGAGGAGGAGGAAGGCCCCGAAACGGAGGAACUGAUCGUGAUGGCGGCCUACACACUGGGCCAGUGCCGCCAGUCAACAGACAAGGAGGUCAUGACCCCCGACCAGAAGGCCAUCUCCAAACGCUUCAAGUUCGAGGAGCCCUUCAGCGCCCUCCAAGAGGUUCCUGGAGAAUUCAUCUACUGAAGGACUCACACACACACACAUCUCAUCCUCUACACUAGGUGGUCCUGGAGAGCUAGUGGUGGUGUUGGGUCUCCCUUCUGCCCUUCACUGACACACCAGAUAAUUCAAAUCGUCACGGCCCUGAUUAGUUGCUUAGUAGAAUCGGGUGCAUUAUUGAUGGGUUGGAGCCAAAGCCUGCACCAACCAGUAGCUCACAAAGAACCUGGGUGGAAAAACUCCUGCUCUUACAUCUAGGGAAAAGCAGUUAAAAACAUUGCACUUACAAACCACAAGAAACAUCUCACACUUUUCUAACCCACCUCACGGUCUGAAUUCGUAAAGAAAAAACAGUUUUUUUUGUCCCUUUUUCAUAAACAUCCUGACGUUUCUCUAGACUAAGCCUUGUUGUGACGUUAUUCCAGACUAAGCCUUGUUGUGACGUUAUUCUAGACUAAGCCUUGUGGUGACGUUAUUCCAGACUAAGCCUUGUUGUGAUGUUACUCCAGACUGAGCCUUGUUGUGAUGUUACUCCAGACUAAGCCUUGUUGUGAUAUUACUCCAGACUGAGCCUUGUUGUGACGUUAUUCCAGACUAAGCCUUGUGGUGACGUUAUUCCAGACUAAGCCUUGUUGUGACGUUAUUCCAGACUGAGCCUUGUUGUGACAUUACUCCAGACUAAGCCUUGUUGUGACGUUAUUCCAGACUAAUCCUUGUUGUGACGUUAUUCCAGACUGAGCCUUGUUGUGACGUUAUUCCAGACUAAGCCUUGUUGUGACGUUAUUCCAGACUAAGCCUUGUUGUGACGUUAUUCCAGACUGAGCCUUGUUGUAAUGUUACUCCAGACUAAGCCUUGACGCUACUCCAGACUAAGCCUUGUUGUAAUGUUACUCCAGACUAAGCCUUGUUUUGAAGUUACUCUAGACUAAGCCUUGUUGUGACGUUUCUCCAGACUGAGCCUUGUUGUGACGUUACUCCAGACUGAGCCUUGUUGUGACGUUUCUCCAGACUGAGCCUUGUUAUGACGUUUCUCCAGACUGAGCCUUGUUGUGACGUUUCUCCAAACUAAGCCUUGUUGUGAUGCUUUAUUUACUUUUUCUUUGGUGCCUUGCUGGGAGAAUUAGAGAUGGAAUUGAAUCUUUUUUGUCCAUGUUUUGUCUGCCUUGUAUUUUCUUUAUGUUUAAGGUUAUAGAUAUCUUCUGUACGGGGAAAGGGGGGGUUAAUUAUAUAUAUAUAUAUACAAAACGUUAUGUUGAUUUAAGAGUACGUCUCGAAAUAAUUCUGUUGAAAAAGCCAUUGCACACGUUUGACCCAGAACUGAAAACAUCCCAUGCAUCUCAUAUAUGCAUCUCAAAUAAUUUACACUUGUAUAUGCAGAGAGCGCUUGGUUUUCUUUCCUAAUUCCCAAAUAAUAGGCAUAGUCUCCAUCAAACAAGAAGCUUCUUAUUAUGGGAUGUUCUACUGUAAAUAAAGAUAUAUCUCUUAAACCUU